ACAGACACUUACAUAGGAAUAGCACUAAAAGCAGAGACCCCCUUCUCUCUCUUGAACUUCUCCAUUUGCAGACGAAGAACUUGAAAUUUGGAAAAAACAAGUUUUCAAUUUGAGGAGAAAGGAGAUAGUUUUAGCUUCCCUCCUUCUUUUGAAGAAAUUGACUAGAUGCUGGUUAGCAUUAACCUUCAAUUUUUGUCGGUUGCCUGAGAAAGGAUGCCAAACCAGCUAUGGUUUGCACUGCUAAUGAUUUAUCAGCAUGGAAGGACUUCCCAAAGGGCCUCAGGAUCCUUCUUCUUGAUCAGGACAAGGAUUCUGCUGCGGAGUUAAAAUCAAAGCUCGAAGCAAUGGACUAUAUAGUUUCCACCUUCUGCAAUGAAAAUGAAGCUCUAUCAGCAGUUUCAAGCAGGCCUGAAAGCUUUCAUGUUGCCAUUGUAGAGGUCACUGCAAGCAAUGACAAUGGAAAUUUCAAGUUUCUUGAAACUGCCAAGGACUUGCCUACCAUUAUGAUUUCAAACAUUAAUUGCUUGAGCACCAUGAUGAAGUGCAUAGCGCUAGGUGCAGUUGAAUUCCUUAGAAAACCACUCUCUGAGGAUAAACUGAGGAAUCUAUGGCAGCAUGUAGUUCAUAAGGCAUUUAAUGCAGGGAGGAAUGUUCUCUCAGAUUCACUAAAACCUGUUAAGGAAUCUGUGGUUUCCAUACUACAUCUAGAAUUGGAAAAUGGAAAACCCAAGGAUGAGAACUUACCAAAAACAGAGGAUGCAUCAAAUGAUUCUGUGCAGUCACCACGCAGUGACAAGUAUCCAGCUCCUUCAACUCCACAAUUAAAACAGGGAGAAAGAUUGUUGGAUGAUGGAGAUUGCCAAGAUCAUACAAACUGCUCAACAGAAAAAGAGAGUGCGGAGCUAGAUGGAGAAUCCAAAUCUGUCGAAACUUCAUGCGGCAAUUCAGUUGUGGAAGUAACUGUCCCUGUCAGCCAAACUCAGACAAUAAGAAAGACUGUUGUCAAAAAGGAGGAUGACUUAGCAGAUAGUUCCAAGAGUGAGGGUUCCACAUAUCCUAGUCCACUAAACAAAACCAAUCAAAAAGACUCUCUUGUUGUUGCUGAAAAGCCUGCCACAACUUCUGGUCUUCAUAAUUCUUGUGCAAAUAAAGCUAAUAAAAAGAAACUUAAGGUAGACUGGACACCUGAACUGCACAAAAAGUUUGUACAGGCAGUGGAGCAACUAGGUGUAGAUCAAGCCAUCCCUUCUCGAAUACUAGAGCUGAUGAAAGAAGAGGGUUUGACAAGGCAUAAUGUUGCAAGUCAUCUUCAGAAAUAUCGAAUGCAUAGGAGACAUAUUUUGCCCAAGGAGGAAGAUGGAAGAUGGCCACAAAGAGAUCAUGCACCAAGGAGUUAUUAUCCGCAUAACCCUAUCAUGGCCUUUCCUCCAUAUCACCCUAAUCACACACUUCCUGCCAGUCAGCUCUAUCCCAUGUGGGGAGCUCCUCCUCACCCAGCUAGUGUCCAUGUGUGGGGCUCACCUGGUUAUACCCCUUGGCAACCUUCUCAAAGUAGUUGGCAUUGGAAGCCCUAUCCAGGGAUGCAUGCUGAUGCAUGGGGUUGUCCUGUCAUGCCGCUGCCACCUCAAAGUUUUUGUUCUUCAUUCCCUCAGAAUGCAGCUGGAUUUCACUGCUCCAGCAAUAGCUUCCCGCAAGAUUCUUUUGACUUAAAACCGGAAGAAGAGGUACUCGACAAGGUUGUGAAAGAGGCAAUAAGCAAGCCAUGGCUGCCAUUGCCUUUAGGCCUAAAAGCUCCUUCCACGGAGAGUGUGCUAGCCGAGCUCUCUAGACAGGGUAUCUCCACCAUCCCUCCCCACACCAAAGGCUCUAACGAGUGAUGACUUGGCAACAGGUCAGCUGGUCCGACCAUUGUCAAUUUACCAUAUCAUCAUCAAAGAUAAAAAUCUUCAAUGCACAAGCACUCAAAUCAAUUGCUACGGACCAGCCACCUAUCUGCCCCUAUCACCACUUGAUCUUCAAGGUCAACUCAACCCAACAUAGUAUCAUGACCUUGUAAGCACUGACAUAAUGCCAAUUAGUACACGGAAGAAAAAGUCUUCCUGAUCCUAUCCAAUGCCACUGUGGCAAAAAAGGCACGGCUGAGGAAGGGCCAAGUGCUUACAUUUUGCACCCCAUGAAGAAUGUAUGGUUGUGUAUGUAGCCUAGGAUGAAAACAAGACCGUAGUUGGUAAAGGUCUGGCCAUUUUGUAUGUUUCUGAUCAGAGGUUGAUAAGGUGGUGGGGAAUAACUUUGGUGCUGGAUCUGGGUUGGGGGGACCUCCUGGGAUUUGUUGUAGGAUAAUGGGGACGAUGCUACAGGGAUAUUUUGUUGUAUAAGAAUGACAUCAUAGCUUGAAUUGGAUACUGAUAAUGGUCUUUUCAUAUAGUUGGAAAUUUAGUGUAUGACACUUCAGCUUCAGGCCUUUGGAGCUAGAAAAGGACAUGUGCCACCUAUAAACUAAUGCCCCUCCU